AUGGCAGAGGCAGCAUCAUCGACCACUGAGAAAAGUUUUUUGACUCUGAAGUCCUCAGAUGGCGAUGAGUUUGUGUUGGAAGAAUCCAUCGCCAUUCAAUCUGUAACAAUCAAGAACAUGGUCGAGGAUGGAUGCUCCUCCAACGUCAUCCCGCUCAACAAGGUUGACACAGAAACCUUGAUCAAGGUCAUUGAAUAUAUGAAGAUGCAGUCCUCGACUUCUUCCAACGAAGAAGAAAUCGAGAACUUCGAAAAGGAAUUUGUGAGCAUUAGCAUAAAAACCAUUCUUAAUAUCUUAGAAGCCGCAAAUUUUCUUGACAUCAAUAGUUUGCUUGAGUUGUGUGCUGAGGCGGUGGCUAAUAGGAUUAAGAACAAGACGCCUGAAGCUGUUCGAAAGAUAUUCAAUAUCACUAGUGAUUUCACCCCAGAGGAAGAGGCAGAGAUUCGGAAUGAGACUCCAUGGGCCUUCGAAGGGGAUCUUGACCACUCCCUUGACUAGUUUACAUUAAAGUCUUUACUGUUUUUCGUUUCGCGAGCUCCUCAUUUUGUUUUUGCAUGUUCUCUUUUAACCAAAGGUCUUGAGGC